UUAACCACACCUAAUAAUGGAAUUGGAGCAACCAAAAGAAGAGUGUCCUCCAGCCCAGCCAACACCUCCACCUGCCUCUCAGUCAAAGAAGCCCAGUCAGGCUCUGUACGUUCCCAAGCAACGACUUCAAGGCUCCAAAGACAAAACUCAGGCUGAGGGAGAAGUGAAACCCAGACCCAGGCCCCGCUACACGGACAAGGCCAGGAAGAACGCCAGGAACAAGAAGCACAAGGCCGGGGCCGCCGAUAAGGAAGGGCCGGUUGGUGGACCAGAGGGAGGAGAGACACAGAACGAUGUGAAAGAAGAGCGGCUACAGGAUGCAGAUGUGCAGCUUAACGGGCAGCCUGAACCAUCUAACGUGGAAGCAGAUGUUCCCUCAGCGCUGGAGGCCACCGGCUCUCAGGAGGAGGAGGAGGAGAGCUGGGACACGUUGUUUAAUGAGGACGGAGAUUGUCUACUUGAAGAGCUGGCUCUAAAUGAAGGUAAGAAGAAGAAGAAGUCGGUCCAGGAGGCCAGGUUUGAUUACUACAACAUGGACGGAGACUCUGAUGAGGACAUCGACCUCACAGAGGAUGAACUCGCUCACAUUGUAGAGAUCUACGACUUCCCGACAGAUUUCAAGAACGAGGACCUCCUCAAGUUAUUUCAUGCCUACCAACAGAGAGGCUUUGACAUCAAGUGGGUUGAUGACACACACGCCCUGGGCCUCUUCUCCAGCCCCAUAGCAGCUCGUGAAGCUUUAAGAGCCAAACAUCCUCUGAUGAAGCUGCGUCCUCUCUCCAAGUCCUCCUCCGCCAUCAAGGCUAAAGCUCGCAGCUGCUCAGACUACCUCCUGCCUGCUAAAGAGAGGCCUCAGACCAGCGCAGCUCUGGCCCGCCAGCUGGUGAUCGGAGCGCUCGGUGUGAAGAGCAACGUGACCAAGGAGCAGCGUGAGGCGGAGAGGAAGAAGCUGCAGGAGGCCAGAGAACAAAAGCGUCUGGCAGCCAAACAGAAGGAGGAUGCCUGGGAGGGGAAGAGUCUGGACUGAAACUACACUUUUAUUUUUAAAGAUCCUUGAUUCAGCUCAGGCUGAAGGCUCCUCGUUUUUUCUCCUGCUCUGUUUUUGUCAACUGGCCACUCCUUCCUAGCACCACACGUCCCAGAAGUGGAUUUCCACCAUUUUUCCUCCUUCCUGCCGUCGUCCAUCAGCAUCAGCAGCUUUAAGUGUCCAUCUGCCUGCAGAGAGAGUCCCUCUAUAAUUCUCUCACCUUUGUGUCCAUGCAGAGACGUCUUUCUUCUGUACCGUAGCCAGCACUAGCACACUGACUCUUUGGUUUUCUUUCAUACCAGUGUAACCUCAGUUUAACCAUUUAUAACCCAACUGAAUAGAUCUAAGAACGUUUGUGUCUUUUUAGGUGGAUUUUUAAAAAUGUUUCUAAGUAACAACCUUGAAGAUUUUCCAUUUAAAGCAACAACAAGGAGCUUUGAACUGGUUCGUAAACAGUCUGGACUCUCUACUGAGGCCUCUGUCUGACCCACAUCACCAGCCAGAAUAUAGUCUGUUUCUCCAUCGUUAGUCUCAGUGUGUCAUGGUGCUACCGCAUCCGUUUCUGAAGAAAACAAACAGGCGUGCAGGUUAACCAGAAGCUCCUCCAGCUCCGGCUCCAGCAGAGCCUCCUCCAUCCACCAGCCCUCCAGACAGACCCAGGUCUGGUUCUGCAGAGUCCCGCCCCCCUUUCCCCUGAGCCAACACUGACACCAGGCUGCUGGAGGCCCACAUUGGUUUCUUUCUGGAGGAACUGGAAUCACAGAACCAGAUCCAGGACUGAGCAGCAGACUGUUAGACUGUGUUGCUGCAGUAACAUUAGAUAUUAAAUAAAUAAUAAACAUUAGAGGUUUCUACUGAGAGUCUGAUGGAAACACGCUGCCAGACUCACACGCAGUGAAAGCUCCUUGUAGUUGCUUUAAUAAUUAUCUGUAGUGUUUCUGUCUAACACUUACUGAGGUAACUGAAGGGUGAUUGAGCCUCUGGCCCACUGACCAAAGACAUUACAUUAGUAGUAUUAUAUUAUAAAGAGGGACUCUGUUACAAGAACCCUAAAAAAAAAAACGGAACAAACUUUAACUCACUUGUGCAGGAAUCAGCGUACUGUUUAUUAUAUUAUUAUGACCAAACAAACAAAAGAGUGAUGACUACAGAUGAUGAAGGUUAAAAAACAAGUCAAAAUGAAAUCCAAAAACAAAUCAGGUGUUUCCUAAGAGAGAAAAAAGGAAAUCUUCAAGGUCGUACUUUUUUUUUUUUUUAAUGUGUAUAUAUAUUUUUUAAGAACACCCGAAUAAUUCCACCUCCAAUUAUGUGGUCAGCAAAGUUUAAUAAAACCUGCAAUCAUGAGGAUGCAGUACGUUGUGUACUCUAUAUGAAGAUAAUGAAGAUAAGAGUGUGAGGAGCAGUUAGCUUGUCUUAUUAAAUGACAUUAUUUAGAAGUAAAGAGCCUCUGAAGAUGCUGCUGUUCUUCUUCUGCAGUGUCAUGGCCGUCCUGUGUGUUCAGUCCCAGAAGUGUAAAAGUUGUUUGUUGUGUUUUGUUUUUGUCUGCACACAUUUUCAACGAGAGGAUUCUUGUUAUUCAAGCAUCACUGAUAAUGAUUAUGAUGAUUAUAAUAUGGUUGUCAUUCUUUCUGAAGAACAAAUAUCAACCAAAUAAGCUUUUAGUUGAACGACAGAUUUUGUCUUCAGUUUAUUUUGAAUGUUUGUUUGCAGGAGUGCGGUGUUGAGUCCUACCUCGUCUAUGUGUCUAUGGAGGCAACAUUUCUCUAGGUCCUUCUAACAAAUGUUCCUUUGAAAGACAUUGUGAAUAACAUACGUAUAUCAUCAGUGCUCGUAUAUUUAAAACUACAUCCUCACAAACAAGUAUGGAUAUUAAAGUGUCUGCACAGUGACAGAGAGACGGUUGGUCAACUUGAAUGAAACUGUCCAGCGGUUAUUGUAUUUUAGUGGCUUUCAUUUUAAUUUGUCAAGCUGAAAUAUUUCCUUUCAAUAAAUUGUUAAAAAGG